AACAGAUAAAAGUACAGUACUCUACCUACCUACGAAGGUUUAGUUACUUUUCCACCUAUAUGUGGACACCUUUUAAAUUGUUUGAGACACUUAACCAAGUGCUUUAACAUAGUUAGACUCAACACCUUCAGACCAAAAAGAAAUUGCAGAUCCAGAAGAAGUAGGUCAUGCAUUAAACUACCAUGCCCUACCACUGUGUGGCCUAUGGCUGUGGCAAAACUGCUAAAGAUGGCGUAACAUUGUUUAAAUUCCCCAAGGACCCAGAUGAAUUUCGCAAGUGGGAGAAGCAGGUACAGCGUACCCGCACACAGUGGGUUGCCACACCCAUCUCUCACCUCUGCAGCGAUCAUUUUGGCAGGGAGUACUUUGAGGCCAAGCUACCUACAGGGGCUCUGAAACUGAGGCCAGGAGCAGCUCCUACAGUGUUUGUCCGUCCUCACUGUUCCUCCUGCAGUGGAACAGGCUGUAGAAACUGCCUACCCACCAUCCAAAGCCAGAGUUUUACAACGGUAACUACAAACCAUAGCGGGGAGUCCAAUGUAAUAGCACCUAUAGAGUUUGAUGAACGAGUUUUAUCAAGAGAAGGGUUAAAGCCUGGAAAAAAAGAUGACCUACCAGUAGUUUGUGAAAUGUGUGGAACGACUGGGAGUUUUAAAAGCUUCUUUUCAAAAACCAAACGCUUCUGCAGCACAUCCUGCUCGCGCUCAUAUUCAUCAAACUCCAAGAAGUCCUCAAUACUGGCACGUCUGCAGGGAAAGCCACCUUCAAAAAAGGCUACUGUGCUGAAUAAGAUGAACAAAACCCCUCCAGCAGGAGUGGAUGGUACAGUCAUUUCUCCAGCUUUGUCAACUUUUGAUUGGGGCGCCUACUUGGACAAGGAAACAUCUCUGGCUGCAUCUGUUUCCUGCUUUGCACACGCUCCAUUGUACGCCCAGUGGGAUGACAUCACUGUAGGGAUGAAGGUGGAGGUCCUCAACACAAAUGCAGUCCUUCCCAGUAAAGUGUACUGGAUCGCUACAGUUAUUCAGGUUGCAGGAUACAAAGCUCUGCUGAGAUACGAAGGCUUUCAGCACGACAGCAGCCAUGAUUUCUGGUGCAGCCUCGUUUCAGGAGAACUAAACCCAAUCGGGUGGUCCGCAAUGACAAGCAAGCUGCUUGUGCCACCACAAGAUGUGCAGAACAUCCCAGACUGGAAAGAUUAUCUAAUGAAAAAACUGGUGGGAGCCACCACUCUACCUGUUGACUUCAACCUGAAGAUGGCAGAGAGCAUGAAGACCUCUUUCCGGGUCGGCAUGCGUGUGGAAGUGGUGGAUCCCAAACACGUGAGCCGAACCCGCAUUGCCAUGAUAGACUCCAUUAUCGGAGGCCGUCUUCGGCUGGUUUAUGUAGACCAAAGCGACGCCCCUGAGAAUGUGGUCGCUGACUUUUGGUGCCAUAUGUGGAGUCCUCUUGUACAUCCGAUAGGCUGGUCCAAGAAAGUGGGUCAUAAUAUCAAAGCACCAGCAAACACAGUGGAAGCUGCUGUUACUUUUAAAGGCAACUCUGACAGUUUUGUCGCGCUCUUUAAAAAGCCCAGGUUCACCUACAUGGGGAGCAGUUUCUUUGAAGAAGGAAUGAAGCUGGAGGCUAUCGACCCCCUCAACCUGGGAAAUAUCUGUGUGGCCACUGUACACAAGGUUCUGUCAGAUGGCUACCUCAUGGUGGGUAUUGAUGGUACUAUAUCGAACAACGGCUCAGACUGGUUUUGUUACCAUGCCUCGUCUCAUGCCAUUCUACCAAUAAACUUCUGCGAAAGGAACAACAUCCCCCUCACUGUGCCUCAAGGUUGGGAUCUUCAGACCUUCACCUGGAAGAAAUACCUGGAAGAAACCAAAGCUAAAGCUGCUCCGGCACAGCUGUUCAAUGCAGAUUACCCAGGUCACGGAUUUUCUCCCAACAUGAAGCUAGAGGCGGUGGACCUUAUGGAGCCACGACUGGUGUGUGUGGCCACUGUGAAGCGCUGCGUGGGACGCCUGCUGCUCAUCCACUUUGACGGCUGGGAUGACGAGUUUGACCAGUGGAUUGAUCACCAGUCCCCUGACAUCUACCCCGUCAGCUGGUGUGAGCUUGUGGGCUACCAGCUUCAGCCACCUCCUGGGCUCGUUGAUUUAACUGAAACCCACUUGGCACGGAACAAGAAAACCAAGUCUUUUGUGUACGGGAGAAAGAAAAAGAGGGGCACCAGGAGGGGGCUCACACAUUACCAAACAAAACGCCACUGUCAGCAGCCUGAGGUUAUCGAUGCUGAACAAACUCAAAAUCAUCUACCAGAAGUGCCGAUCAUACAACCCAAAACUGAACCUGAGGAGCAGGAAAUCUUCGCAGUGCAGGUGAAAGUGGAGGAGGUCGAGAUGGAGACUCCUAUUGAGCCCCCAGAAAAGCAUCAAGAAGUUUCUCUGUGUCCAGUCAAGCAGGAGGGGCCAGGCCAGCAGGUUAAAUUGGGACUGCAGCAUACAUCAGAGCAGAGCAACUGGGAAGACACAGCACAUAAGACCAAGGAAGGUAAAACAUCAGAAAACCGAAGUAAAGAGUGUGGAUCCCUGCAGCAGGGCUUUAAAGGGGAAAGCAACGCAGAGCAGAGUGAAAAUCAAAGCCGACUUCUACACCAAGAGGAGGGGAGCGAAGACCAUGACAAUAACAUGGACGAGACGUGGGAGAGCCACACAGAGCAGGACACCACAGGGGACGGAGAAGAAAUGGUGAUAUGAGGCAGAGACUUGACUUCACUAAUAACGAUAUAUAUUUAGCCAAGUAUUAAGAUAGAAUAACUGUGGCAUAAAAGAAAUGUUACAACCAAUAACCUAAAGCAUCCUAUUGUGUGGUAAGAAUUUUAAUAAACAUUUCAUGAGGACCAGCCUCCAAUAAUCUCACUUUAUUCAUGUUGGUUUUAAUUUCUUUGCUGUUUAAUAUCAAGAAGUUCUCUUUUGUAAAUAUUAAGUCAAUAAUAAAGAAUUUACUAAA